AUUAAAUUAAAGAAUAUGUAAUUAUAAUGAAUUCCUUUCUUCUGUGUUAUCUUGAACUUGAGGAAAAUGUAGUGAUUGCUGUUGAUACUUGAAGGGCACCACACCCUCAUGCUUUCACUUUCUUUUACAGGCUCAGAAAUUUGGAUUUGUUGAGCUGCAGAGAAGUUCACUCCGACCUUGGAGAAUGAUUUCAAGAAGAAAAACUUGUGCUGCGACGCUCGUGCUCCUGAUGAUUCUGAUGAGAGACUUCAGAGUCGAUUCAAUCACAUGUCAUCAAACUGAGUACAAGAUGGGAGAGAAGUGCUGUGUUAUGUGUCCUAUUGGUAAAAGAGUCAAAGCAGACUGCACAGAGCUUGAAACUACGUCCUGUUCGUCCUGCAGAGAUGGGACUUUCAUGGACCAGCUUAACGGACUAAAGAGAUGCAAUCCAUGUUCUACCUGUGAUUCAGGAGCUGGUCUGAAGGAAAAGCUAGGAUGUAAACUAAUUGCAGACACAGUUUGUGAACCAAUGGAGGGAUUCUUCUGUACAGACCUUAAAUCAGAAGGUUGUGCUGUAGCACAGAUACAUAGGAGCUGUGAACCAGGACAGUACAUCAGCAGGAAUGGAACAGCCUCCACAGACACAGAAUGCUCUGAAUGCAGCAGUGGAUCAUUUUCUGAUGGAUCAAUGUUUUCAUGUCAGCCACACAGACAAUGUGAAGAAGAAAACCUGCAGCUGAUAAAAGCAGGAACAUCUUCAACUGAUGCUGAAUGUGGAGAAAAAAGUUCCAACAACACAGGAGUUGUGAUCUUUGUUCUGGUGGUUUUAUUAGUUUUAGGUGGAGCAGCGAUUGGUGGUGUUUUAAUCUGGAGAUAUAAAAAAAGCAAAAAACCAAACAGCUGUUCAAAUCAACAAGAACUGGGCAAACCAGAAGAAGACUGUUUGAAUGGACCAGUGCAAGAAACCACAAACUAAACACAUGGAUGAAAGUUAUUGAUCACUGCAGAUCAAAUGAUUCAGGGUCUGAGUAGAACCAAACUAGAUACUGAUCCUUUGUUUUUACAGUGAUCAGAAAGAGCAGCUAAAACUCAACAUCCUUUCUCCACCAUCCAUGGUUAUCACCCUACAUCCAUCACACUGCACAGGAGAAAAAGAUGUAGAACUUGACUGUUCAAUGUCGAAGUAUCAGAUCUGUGACUGUAACCCAGAAUGAUUAGAUUAGGUGAUGGACAGUAACUUGUACUUGUACAGCACUUUAUGAAAAUGAGAGGCACCAAAGUACUUCAGACUACACUCAGUCAUUCACACAAUCAAGCUGAUGGUUGCAAGCCACAGAUUUCCUACUGCAGUCUGACAGAAGAGAGGCUGCCAUCCACCAGCAGCACCAGGUCCUCUGACCACCAGCAGGUGAAGCAGAUGAACUGUCUUGCCCAACAACACAACAACAGAUGAGUGGAAGCGACCAACACAGACUGAGCAGCUUUGUUCCUCUGCUGCAAAUGGCUAAAACUAAGGGCAGACUAUAAUUCUAAAACAAUGCCAAAUAUCAAUGUGGUUGUUCAUAUCUUCUCUUUCUGUUUUUUGAUUGGUCCAAAUUGAAAUUAUACCAGAGACAACCCAAGUGAAGGGGAGAAAGCCCAGACUAGGCUAAGGGAGAUUUAAAUUGAGUGAAAUUGCACAAGAAAGCGAUGUCCACUCAACUGUUGAUUGUUUAAUUUGAGAGUUUGUGUAAUCCAGAAUGGAUAUAGGUAUUGUACAACAAAUCAUGUCAUUUUAUGUAGUUCUGUAAGAAACCUGAGUACUCUGAACCUCAUUAAUAAUUUCAUCUGCAAGUUUUAAGAUCACAUUAACCAACCUCUGAGCAGCUGUAUUUGUAAUGAGAUUAUUUUACAUACAGAUGGAUUCUAUUUAAUCACUAACCAUCUUCAGGUAACUUUUGAAGGCAAAAGGGGACUGGAUACUUUUUCACUUUUUAUUUGGAAACAUUUUUGAAUGUAUAAUGAAGAUCAUAUAUAAUUUUCUUUCCACUUCACAAUUGUAUACAAUGUUUUGUAGGUCUUUCACAUUAAACUCCAAUGAAAUACAUUUUA